CGGAACCUUUCCCCCACUUUUGACUUGCUAUCCCAGCAACCCUCUCUCCCCUCCUGGUUCCAUUUCCCUUUCUGUGUUUCUUGCUCUUGAGGUACAUAAUUUGAGAGAGAGAGAGAGAGAGAGAGAGAGUUUUAGAGAGAGAAAGAGAGUUCCAGAGAGCGAGAGAUGGGUAGCGCAGCGAACCUGGAAGAUGUUCCUUCAAACGAUCUGAUGGCAGAGCUUAUGCGCCGCAUGAAAUGUGCGAACAAGCCCUCCAAACGCGUCAUUCUUGUUGGUCCACCUGGAUCCGGAAAGGGUACACAGUCACCUGUCAUCAAGGAUGAAUAUUGCUUGUGCCACUUAGCAACUGGUGAUAUGCUUAGGGCUGCUGUUGUUGCUAAAACUCCUCUGGGCAUUAAAGCUAAAGAAGCCAUGGAUAAGGGAGAACUUGUAUCCGAUGAUUUGGUCGUGGGAAUUAUUGAUGAAGCAAUGAAGAAGCCUUCAUGUCAGAAAGGUUUCAUACUUGAUGGCUUCCCAAGGACUGUAGCUCAAGCAGAAAAGCUCGAUGAGAUGCUUGAGAAGCAGGGGACCAAAAUUGAUAAGGUGCUAAACUUUGAGAUCGAUGAUAAAAUCUUGGAGGAGAGAAUCACUGGUCGAUGGAUCCACCCAUCGAGUGGUCGGACAUACCACUCCAAGUUUGCACCCCCUAAAGUGCUGGGCUUAGAUGAUGUGACAGGAGAACCCUUGAUUCAACGCAAGGAUGAUACUGCUGAAGUUCUUAAAUCAAGGCUGGAAGCUUUCCACCGGCAAACUGAACCUGUUAUCAAUUACUACUCGAAGAAGAAUGUUGUUGCUACGGUACAUGCUGAGAAACCUCCCAAAGAAGUCACUACUGAAGUCGAGAAGGCACUUUCAUCAUAACUAGUGAACAAAUGAGUACCCUGUCUGACUCCUAAAAGUUAAGGCCUGGUCUUGCAAUCCGGCACAUUGUCGGAUCGGUUUUCCUGUUUCUUUUUUCUUGCCUUUUUGUUUUUCUGGCAGAACCCAGGAUUUAAUUGCAUCGAGUAUUCAACCACAGGCACCUGUUCUGUGGGCUCCUUGAGUAUAUCUUUAUUCUCAAACAAAAAUAAAAUUUUUGACAAGAUUUCUUGUGUUCUGGCUUCUGUAAUUUUAAUGCCUUGGAUGACUAGAUGUCAUCCAUGGUCUGUUGAUGUCGUGACAAGAUUUUCCGAAAAUCCCAAUAUAGAGGGACAUUACCAGUAUAUUGU